UUAUCUCAGCCUGGGCCGGACACCACCCUCCACCUAGAGCCAUGGAUGCCGCUCUGCUCCUGAACGUGGAAGGAGUCAAGAAAACCAUUCUGCACGGGGGCACGGGGGAGCUCCCAAACUUCAUCACCGGAUCCCGGCACACGGGGGUCUACCCCAUCCUGUCCCGGAGCCUGCGGCAGAUGGCUGAGGGCAAGGACCCCACAGAGUGGCAUGUGCACACAUGCGGGCUGGCCAACAUGUUCGCCUACCACACGCUGGGCUACGAGGACCUGGACGAGCUGCAGAAGGACCCGCAGCCCCUGAUCUUUGUGAUAGAGCUGCUUCAGGUCGAUGCCCCCAGUGAGUACCAGAGGGAGUCCUGGAACCUGAACAACGACGAGAAGAUGAAGGCGGUGCCCAUCCUGCACGGAGAAGGGAACCGGCUCUUUAAGCUGGGCCGCUACGAGGAGGCCUCUUCCAAGUACCAGGAAGCCAUCAUCUGCCUGAGGAACCUGCAGACCAAGGAGAAGCCCUGGGAGGUGCAGUGGCUGAAGCUGGAAAAGAUGAUCAACACCCUGAUCCUCAACUACUGCCAGUGCCUGCUGAAGAAAGAGGAGUACUACGAGGUGCUGGAGCACACCAGUGACAUCCUCCGGCAGCACCCAGGCAUCGUGAAGGCCUACUACGUGCGCGCCCGGGCUCACGCGGAAGUGUGGAAUGAGGCCGAGGCCAAGGCGGACCUGGGGAAGGUGCUGGAGCUGGAGCCGUCCAUGCAGAAGGCGGUGCGGAGGGAGCUGCGGCUGCUGGAGAACCGCAUGGCGGAGAAGCAGGAGGAGGAGCGGCUGCGCUGCCAGAACAUG